AUGGAGUGGGUGAAGAAUGAACAUGGCUACACACCAUCAACUGGAAAUCUUGGUUACCGUAGCGGUGCAUUUUCAGCUACUGAUCCUUUAACAUUCGGAAAGCCGAUAUCCCUCACCGUCGUACCAAAAGAUGUACCUAAUACUCCACCAAUACUGUCCAUUCUAUCCGCGCUAGAACCCGAUGGACAAGAUAUUUGUCUGGCCGCCGGGUUCUUUCCUAGAGAAAAGUCCAUGAUUCUAAAUGGAGAUACUGCAAACAGUUUGAAAACCGAUAAUGCUGCCUUGUCCACAAGCAGUAAAACCUAUUAUUAUGCUGGUUUUAAACCAAAAAGUAUUACAACUUGCAAAAUUGAUCAAGUUGAGGCAACUCCUGACAGUCCCGUGACAGAUAAAGAUGAGAAAGACAAUUCACAGACUCCACAGAUUUGUCCAACAAAAGCUCCUGGUAAUUCUCUCUCUGUGUCAACAGACAAUGGUAAUCCUAAAACGAACUCCAUGACCCUACUUGUGACAGGUCUGAGAAUUCUGCUUGCUAAAUGUGUUGCAAUCAAUGUUUUGAUGUCUGUGAAAGCAUUUCUAGUUUGAGGUAAAUUUUGUUAAUUAUGAAUUUCGGUCAAAUCUGAACAAUUUGGGACGUUUCUACACAGAUAAGGGCGUUUAUAGCAAGCCACAAUGUCAGUAUUUGCAACUCUUUGGUAAUUAAUGUUACAUAAAGGAAAAUGAUAUGUAGAUAAAAUAAAAAGUGUUUUGUAGACUCUCUUGACAUUUAGAUUAAUUUCUGAGCUAUAGUGAAAAUUAUGCUUUGCAAUGCUUAAAUUUUUUAUAUAUGCAUUUUAAGACUUUGUUACAAACAAAACUUAGAAAGGUAGAAAAUGAAGGAUGUUAAAUAUUUUUUUUUUUUUUUUUUUACAAAAUGUCACAGUCUAAUUUUACAAUUACACAGUGAUGUUACAAAUGUUUCACUUUUGUUAUUGUCUAAUAACAUUGUCUAAUUGUUUAUCCAAUUUACUUGUAAUAUGAUUAUUCCAAAAAAAUAUAAAAUAAUAAAAUUCAUUUAUGAAGGUGAA